CACUGAGCCAGGCCGGGGAUCCGGUGAACCCGAAACCUCAUGGUUCCUAGUGGGAUUCUUCUCCACUGCACCAUGACAGGGACUCUAGAAGAAAAGUAUUUCUUACCUGGUGUUAUUAAAGCCCUCUCUUGACUAAUAAUGGCCAGCUGUUCUGUCUACUGGUAGGCUUUCAAACUGGAAUUCACGGUGAGAUCUUGCAGGGAGACGCCCCAUUGCACAGUCUGGGUGUGAAAUUGGCUGUGGGUUAACCUUUGCCAGCCUACACUCCCACCUUGUUCCUGUCCUGUCGUCUCCCCAUUGGUCCCUUUGAGUAUUUGGGGGUGAGGCAGGUUUCUCUCUGCAGCCAGAUUUUUUGAUAACAGCAGUAUAGCUCAAGUCCACUUACUGUCUGUAAUUUCCACGUAACCCACUGGAAACUUCCUUUUGGUGCCAGAUGGUGGCAUGCAUGCUGCUUAAGUCUGCCCCCUUUCUGUGCCUUGCCAUUUCUCAUCAAUGCUCUUUGUCCCCCUGCUCAAACAGGCGCAAUGUCAGUCACUCCUGCUUCAUAAACAGACACUGAACUGGAGAAUGAGAUCUCCAGUUCUCAGACCUCCUGGUCUGAUCUUGUGUAAUGUUCAAGCUCAGAAAUGCCUUAUGUGGAUCGUCAGAAUCGCAUUUGUGGUUUUCUAGACAUUGAAGAAAAUGAAAACAGUGGGAAAUUUCUUCGGAGGUAUUUCAUACUGGAUACCAGAGAAGAUAGCUUUGUAUGGUACAUGGAUAAUCCACAGAACCUGCCUUCUGGAUCAUCACGCGUUGGAGCCAUUAAACUUACCUACAUUUCAAAGGUUAGCGAUGCAACUAAGCUAAGGCCAAAGGCUGAGUUCUGUUUUGUUAUGAAUGCAGGGAUGAGGAAGUACUUCCUACAAGCCAAUGAUCAGCAGGACCUAGUAGAAUGGGUCAAUGUGUUGAACAAAGCUAUAAAAAUUACAGUACCAAAGCAGUCAGACUCACAGCCUCAUUCUGACAACCCAAGUCGCCAGGGCGAGUGUGGGAAGAAGCAAGUGUCUUACAGAACUGACAUUGUUGGUGGUGUGCCCAUCAUCACCCCAACUCAGAAAGAAGACGUAAAUGAAUGUGGUGAAAGUAUUGACAGAAAUAAUCUGAAACGGUCCCAAAGCCAUCUUCCUUACUUUCCUCCGAAACCGCCCCCGGAUAGUGCAGUUAUCAAAGCUGGAUAUUGUGUAAAACAAGGAGCAGUGAUGAAAAACUGGAAGAGAAGAUAUUUUCAAUUGGAUGAAAACACAAUAGGCUACUUCAAAUCUGAACUGGAAAAGGAACCUCUCCGCGUAAUACCGCUUAAAGAGGUUCAUAAAGUCCAAGAAUGUAAGCAAAGUGACAUAAUGAUGAGGGACAACCUCUUUGAAAUUGUAACAUCGUCUCGAACUUUCUAUGUGCAGGCCGAUAGCCCGGAAGAGAUGCACAGCUGGAUUAAAGCCGUCUCUGGCGCCAUCGUAGCACAGCGGGGGCCCGGCAGAUCCGCUUCCUCUGAGCCUUCCGGCUGUCCUUCCGAACCCAAACGCGCUGGCCGCCCGGCCUACGCAGCCGCCUCACAUUCCACAGCCGCUCGCAGCAACUCUUUGGUCUCAAGCUUUACCGUGGAGAAGCGAGGAUUUUACGAAUCUCUUGCCAAGGUCAAGCCAGGGAACUUCAAGGUCCAGACUGUCUCUCCAAGAGAACCAGCUCCCAAAGUGACUGAACAAGCUCUGCUAAAACCUCAGCGUAAAGACGGCCCUCAGGAACCAGACUGUGACCCCGUGGACUUGGAUGACGCUAGCCUUCCAGUCAGUGACGUGUGAGGGAGGCACCCGAAGCCUGACCCCCCGUUUAGCCCUCAGUGUCCUUGCACGAGGCUUCUAGCCAAAGAUGACAAAGGGGAGAGGGUUUCCAUGCAUAUAGCCUCGUAGACGCACUCUUUCUAAGCUGGUAAACCAAGAAUCUAGGACGUAGCCAAACGAAAUGUAACUUCUUGAAAGAAAGAAAGAAACCUUAAGUGUCUCAGCAUCAGCUGUCAGCAGCUUUGUUCUCACUGGGGUGGUAAAAACGUGUGUGCAACCUCUUUUCCUAGUGAAUUUGACAACUUCAGUGUUCCACAGUUUAAACCAUUAACAAGGCUUAUUAAUUAUUUUGGUUGUUUUAAAAAUGCUACUGUGAUUUCCUAUUAAAUGUUCAAUCUUUACACAUUCGUGCUGGUUAAUAUUAUUGAAUGAAAUAUUGCCAGGCAAAUAUACCUAAAACUCAUGACGCGUCUGGGUGCUGUAAAAUUUAUACUGCGGUGUGGACAGUUUUGAAAUGGUCACCAUUUUUGAUGCUGUGGAUCCCAGGUGAGUGGUAGGUUUUGCAUAGGGGAUGUUAUUGGACUGUUAGGGUUGUGGGUUGUACUGGGGUGGAGGAAGGGGGGAAAUGAGAAAUCAAACAGUCGUGUCUCAGACAUUGGUUUGUAAAAGCUUAAUCAAGACCUGGCAGACGUCAUCGCUUUAUUCAGUGAAAAUUAUUUGGUAUGAAAUUUCUGGAAGAUCUGAUUUGCUUGUCAAAGUUUUGUAAAUAGGUCUUAUUUCUGUACGUGGAUCAGCGAACGACCUCAAGUUUAUAUGUAAAGACAUGCAGCCCUUAGUCCUGUGAUCAUAGCCUUUGCUUUUUGUCACUAAUACCCUAUAUUCAAGUGCCUGUGUUUUCCAUCUUGUCGAGGAAUGUUUGAGAUGAAUGUGCUCAGAAGGCCUGCAUGUGAUUGGUUUUAAACAGUUGGGAUGAAAUUAAUUUUCAGUAGCAUAGUUUAACAUAUUAAAUAAGAAACCAUUUUGUUUUAGACCAGAAUGUUGUCAUUCUCCUGUCUGUGCAAUAUAUCUGUUUUAGCACACAGAUCUGAGUAGACCUUUAAUCAUGGGCUGUCACAGAUGUGAGCGCCUCUCGAAAAAAAUCAUUAGUUUCGGGUGUUGAGUAACAGACCAGUUUGACCAAGUACUGUUUUUAACGGUUCAGUCUUAAACAUUUGCUUUAAGAAAAUAGUCUUGAAUUUCACAUGCUGCUAUUUGUAUGCUGUUUUGCCAUAUUGCAAGUACUGUCUUGUUUUGAAUUCGUACAUGUCACCAUUUCUGCUCUUCAUUUUCUAAGAUGACUUCUUUGGAAAAGAGAUUUCUUACUAGGGUGGUGGGGUCCCGAGGUUACUAUCUCUUACACCAGAAUUAUAACAUCAGUUUAAAAAUCCGGGUGCAUAAAGAAUGCACCACUCAACAUUUUCGUUCAUAAGCUAAUAUUUUAAAAACUUAUACGUAGAUCGUUUCUUUUUUGCAGCUGCAUUUGAAAAUAGAAUGAUAGAAUGAAAGGUUUGAAGUAGUUAUCACACUUUCAGCAAACUCUUAGCUUCUUUUUCAUGAACACACCGUGGACAGUUGGCAGUAUUUGGGAACCUAAUGCUGUUUUUGUUGGUACAGCUUCCAUGUUGCAUGUUCGUUUUAAUAUUUUGGUAUUGGUAUUUGAUAUAUUUCAUAGUGGCAAAAUAUUAGCUCUAUUUUGGAACUUUUUAUAGAACUACCCUUGUAUUUAGUAGCGUAGGAAAAUGUUCUUGCGAUUGUCAGGGUCUCCUAAUAUUUAUCUCAAUACUUUUAUAAUUCUAUGAAAAUUAUUUAAUUAUUUUAAAACUUAUACUUUUCUUGUAAAUAUGUCGCAUCUGGAUUGUCAGAAAUUACUUUGAAGACCUUAAUAUUUGCUGCGUUUUUCCUCCUGUAUAUAUAACAUGUCUCCUUUCAGAAUGGGAAUAUGUGUGUGUACUUCCCAGUGUUUACGUCUGAUAUCUUUAUGUGUGUCCAACUGUUAAAAACUGUAAUAAUGACUUGAGAAUAAACUGCUCAGAAUUAAUUGUAA